GUCAAUUUUUUUGUCAGUAUUUGUCACUAUCGUAUCGUAUCUAAACCUAACCUGUAAUAAUUGUUCAUUUAUUUUGUUUUUUGUAUUUAUUUCAACAAAGGAAUAAAGAAAUGGGGAAACAACGUAAAACUCGUAAAAUUGUAGAAAAGCGGUUCGCGCAAAUGAAGAAAAUGAUAAGUCCUACUGAUAGUCGAAUAAAGAAAAGUGAACGAGCUCCCCCAAAAAAAAAGAAAGAAGAUCCUCACAAACUGAAGAUUCGCGAAGUUCCUCAAGCAAGCUCAGCUCUGUUCUUCCAAUACAACACUCAGUUAGGCCCUCCUUAUCACAUCUUAAUCGAUACUAACUUCAUUAAUUUCUCAAUCAAGAACAAAUUGGACAUAAUGCAGAAUAUGAUGGACUGUUUGUAUGCAAAAUGCAUCCCCUACAUAACAGACUGUGUUUUGGCAGAGUUGGAGAAACUUGGUCGAAAGUAUCGAGUAGCACUAAGGAUAAUAAAGGACCCUCGCUUUGAAAGGAUUACUUGCCUUCACAAGGGCACUUAUGCUGAUGAUUGUAUAGUACAGAGGGUAAUGCAGCACAAAUGCUACAUAGUUGCGACCAACGACAAGGACUUGAAGAGGAGAAUAAGGAAGAUACCAGGCGUACCUAUUAUGUAUGUUGCAGACCAUAAGUAUACUAUAGAGAGGAUGCCAGAUGCCUAUGGGGCACCAAAGGGAGCUAUUUAGAAAUAAAGUUAGGUUUAACUGUUA